UAAUAUUUUCUGUAUGUUUUCAAAAAUGAUCAGUGUGAAAUCUAUAUUUUAUAAAUUAUCUGUUUUAGAUAUUGUUUGUUUUCUAGAAUGAUUGUGAAACCAAUUGUCAAUAAUUGUGUUAGUGAAGUAUCACUUGAGAAUCCAGUAAUUUCAUGUUGUAUACAUGCUUUCAAUAAGUUUCGUGCUGUUUUUUAACUUUAAACGCGAUGAAUAAUAAUAGUAACAACAAUGCUAAUCAUACGGUAAAAUAAAACACAUUAAUAAAAAAAAAUUUAAACUUGUGUACUUGAAUUGCUUAGCGCCAGUGCGUAGUAUACUAUGCACUUGGCUCUCGCCGUUACAAGAAGCGAAACUUCAGAAGACUUUUAAACUAAACAAUUAAUUUUCACAGUCACGUUUAUCGGAAACGUUUGAGAAAAGGGUCUUAUUAUCUAGACAAGGAGCUGUUUGUGUUUAGAGCUAAACGUUCACCAAGUUUCGUUUGAAUCGGAAAUCAGAACAUCUGGCCCUGUCCUUGUAAGUGAAUAAAUUAUUUUUUUCUUUGCAGAGGAAUUCCAAAAUGGCAGAAACCACACUUGAAAAAACAAUGGAAAUAGGUGCAAUAUCGCCACCUGACUGCACUUUAAUCACAGAAAUGCCAGAAAUAAUAAUAAUCAAUGUACUUGAAUACUUGUAAGAUGCAGAAUUAGAUUUAUGCAGCCGAGUGUGUACCAAAUGGAAAGAUAUUAUCGUAAACAUGAUGUAUCACCGAGUAACAAUUAUCACAAGGAAAAUCCCUCUUAAUGUAAUAAUCACCGCAAUCUACGAAUCGGAAAGUCUACGUCCCUACGUUGGUUUCGACAAUAAUUUUCAAUACAAUUGGUUCAUUUUAGAAGAUGAACCUAAACUUAUGGUUUUGUCUACAAAUGAUCUUAAUGGAUUUGGAGAAAUUACACUUGAUCCAAUUCCAAGUCAUAUUUACUUUAUGCAUUUAUCGCAUCGAAACUAUUUUACAAACCCCUUUCCUGCACAUUGUAAGUACUCAUCAAUCGAAACAACCGAAAUACAAAUAUCAAUGUUUCCAAAAAUUCCAGGUUUGAAUAUUUUUAAUUAUUCGUUCACUCUACGUGGAAACGCAUCUAUACUUCGUGACAAGUCAGAUUUGAUAAAGGAAAUAAAGAAUGUUUGCAACAGAAAUAAUAUACCGGACGAUCAAACAAAAUGCGUCAUCUUUUACAAAGAUAUUGCAGUAUAUUCGUUCGAAGACGAAACUGGACGUUUUCUAGAUUUCUCAGACCACCGUGAUGUUUACAAGCUCACAUUAUUUUAUGGCGAGAAAGUGAAUGCUUUUCCUGUUUAUAUUUAUGAAGGUAAAACUGGUUAUACGACUAUCAAAGAGAAAUUGCAAAGGCUGAAAUAUUCUGUACUCAAAAUGGUACAGAAGAGAUGUUUCGCGUAUAUUUUUCAUGACUCAUGUACAGAGUGCAUGGAUCCAACAACUCGAGCAUUUAGAAAACUGUUUCCUUUAGUGAAAUACGUUACUCAUAACUUUUUACCGUCCUAUUUAUCAAUCAUUCCAAGCGAAAUAGAGUAUUCUCGUAUAGAGCACGACUAUUUGAUUCCCUGUACUACAAUAAUGGUUUUUGUGUGGUGGGAAUAA